GCGGUGCCAGUGGCCGCUGCGCGACCAUUCCUUGAGAUCCUUCUUUCGCGGCGCCUCGCUUCUUUUAGUAGUGGUUUGACUAGUAUUUACUACUCCGCCUGAUUCGAUUUCAUGAGCUGGGAUUCUUCGGCGUGCAGAUCCGGCUCCUUCGAGGCCGGCCUCAGAGCGGGCGCUUCGUCGGCUUCCUCUUCCAGCUUCCGGGAAUCCAAGCCCUCGCCUCGGUUCCAACGCAGCCGCUCCACCGCCGGCGCCUCCAAGGCAUCGCCAUCACCAGAGAAGCGUCGAGGCGCCACUGGCGGUGUGACCGGCGGCGGGGUCGGCGCCAUGCCGAUGCAGCAGCGGGUGGCGCAGCUGGAGAGGGAGCGCGACGAGAAGGCGCGGCUGGCGCAGCUCGAGGAAGACAUUAGAAGGGAACGGGAGGAGAAGGCGCGGGUGGCGCAGCUCGAGGAAGACCUGCGGACGGAGCGUGAGGACAAGGCACGGGCGAUGCGGGAGCUCGACGAGCUAAGGAAUGGCAGCGAAAGUAAAGACGCGGAGAAGGUGCAGCUUCUCGAGCGCGAGGUGGAGAAGGCCAAGGAGUCGGAGCGCAAGAUGCUCGAGUCGCUGAUAUACCAGACCAAGCAGCUGGAGCAGGCCAAGAUCGGCCUCGAGGAGGCCAAGCUAGAGAUAUCCACGCUGCAGCAGCAGCAGAGCAGCACCCGGAGCCUCGAGCCCGCCCCGGCGUCGGCGUCCGGGACAUGGCGCGGCGUCAUGGAGCAGAUGAGCGUCAAGGACCUCGUGUUCGGCGGCGGCGGCGGGGCGGACGACGAGGAGCUCCGGGCCCUGCGCGCCGACCUGCGGGCGGCGACGCAGGGCGAGGAGCGGAGCCGGAAGGCGCUGGAGGACCUCUCCGUCGCGCUCGCCGACGUCACCGCCGAGGCCAAGCAGGUCAAGCGCUGGCUCGCCGACGCGCAGGCCGGGAUGGAGGCCGCCAACGCCGAGGCCGGGCGCCUGCGCGCGGCUCUGGCCGACGCCGAGACGGGCCUCCGCGAGCAGCGCCGGCGCAGGCUCGAGGCCGAGGAGGCCGCGGCCAGCUGGGCCGACAAGGAGCGCGUGCUGCUCGGCUGCGUGCGCGCCGCCGAGGAGGAGGUGUGCCUGGCGCGGCAGGAGAACACCAAGCUGGUGGAGUCGCAGCGGGUCAUCCGCGACGAGAACGCGCGGCUGCGGGACAUACUGAAGCAGGCCGUCGGCGAGGCCAACGUCGUCAAGGAGUCGCUCGAGCUCGCCAGGGUCGAGAACGCGCGUCUCAACGACGUCGUCGACGACAAGGAAGGCGCGCUCCAGAGCCUCCGGCAGGAGUACGAGUGCGUCAAGGUCAGCGAGGCCGCCGCGCAGAGCAGCCUCAAGGAGCUCAACAGCCUGCUCGCCGCCACCACCACGGCCUGCAGCACCCCCGUGUCGUCCAGGACCGCGCCCGUCGCGCCGGCGCCGGAGCACGACCAUUACCUGCCGCCGAGCGCGCGUCUCGUCUCCAGCGCCAAGGGGUCUCCGGCGUCGCGGCGUUGGAUGGCGGAGAAGCCCCGGACACCGAGCAGCCGGAGCUACUCGGUCGGCGAGCCCGCCAAGUUCAAGGGGGUGGGCUACUCGCAGUCCGCCAGGAUGGGGAACCUCAACCCCAAGGACCGCAUGUUCGCGUCGCUCAGCAACAUUGCCGAUCUCAAGUCUGCCGCGGACUGUGCCGCCAUGGACGAUUACGACGAUGAGUUCGACCACAUCGACGAGAGCCACUACGUGGAGCACUCCAUGAACGACAAGAAGAAGCGGCCGAUAUUUCGAAAGUUUGGGGACCUCUUCAGGAGGAAAAGCUUCUACAAGGCCAAUUUAGCGCCAGUACACACUUGAAAUUUUUCUUCCCCCCAUGUAAUGUAAUGCA